AUGACUGGCUACGAGAAAUUGCAACCUUUGUGUUUGGGGCUUGGAUUCCUCACGUUACUGAUUGGAUUAUCUGUGUUGCACUUUAUGAUCAAGCAAAGAAAGCUAAUUAAGCUAAGAGAACAACUGUUUGAGCAAAAUGGGGGUGUAUUAUUGGAAGACAAACUUAGAACUACAGGUAGCAAUGUCAUGAAAAUUUUUCAAGUGGAAGAGCUAGAAGAAGCGACGAACAAUUUCGCAGAAGGUAAUAUUAUUGGAAGAGGAGGUAAUGGCACUGUGUACAAGGGAACUCUACCAGAUACACGUAUAGUAGCAAUCAAAAAGUCCCAAAGACUGGACCAAGGACAAAGGGAUCAAUUUAUAAAUGAAAUGGUAAUUCUUGCACAAAUUAAUCACCCAAACGUGGUGCAACUUUUGGGAUGUUGUCGAGAAACCGAUGUCCCGUUACUAGCUUAUGAAUUUAUUUCUAAUGAUACCCUUCAUCGACACAUUCAUAAUUAUAGUGCAAGUGGGAAAGGUAGAUUUUCAUGGGAUAACCGUUUAAGGAUAGCACAUGAAUCGGCUGGUGCACUUGCGUAUCUUCACACAGAUGCUAGAGUGUCCAUCAUACAUAGAGAUGUGAAAUCUACUAACAUACUGUUGGAUGACAAUUACAUCGCAAAAAUCACAGAUUUUGGUGCUUCAAGGUUAGUCCCAUUGGGUCAUGAUCAAGUCACUACGCUAGUUCAAGGGACCAUAGGAUACUUGGAUCCUGAAUAUUUUCAUACAGGUCAUCUAAUAGACAAGAGUGAUGUCUAUAGCUUUGGAGUGGUUCUUGCAGAACUUUUAACUGGAAAAAAAACUAUUGACCCAGGAAGAGGUUUUGACGAUACAAAUCUUGCUACAUAUUUUCUAAAGGCAAAGAAGGAAAAUCGGUUGCUUGAGAUUCUUGACCAUCAAGUAGUAAAGGAAGCAAAUGAUGACUAA